AUGUUAGAAGUAACACCAGCAAUAGAGAUACCAAUGGUGGUUAUAGUGACAAUGACAAUAGUGAUAAUGAUGGUGGAGGUAACAUUGGUGGUGGUGACAACCGAUGGUGGUAACAAUGUUGGUAGGGUGGUUGUGGUAGUGGUGUUAGUGUUGGAAGCAACUGAUGGUGGUGGUUAUGGUGGCAAUGAUGAUGACGGAUGUGGUAUCGUUGGUAGUGGUGAUAGUGAUAGUGACAUUGAUGGUGGUGGUGGUAGCAGCAAUGUCGAUGGUGAUGUCGGUGGUGACAAUGAUGAUAAUGGUGUUGGUGGCGCCACCAAAGUGGUGGUGGUUGUAGUGACAGUGACGAAAGUAGUGGUGAUAGUGACAAUGUUGGUGAUAACGAUAAUAAUAAUCAUGAUGGUGACAAUCAGGUACAAUGGUGAUAACAAUGAUGGUAGUGGUGUUGGUGUGAUCAUGACAAUGAUGGUAGUGGGGGAUGCUAGUAGCAAUAUUGGUAUUGGCAACAAGUGUGGUGGUGACAAUAACGGUGACAUUGAUGGUAGUGGUGGUGAUGGCAACGAUGGUGACAGUGACAGUGGUGGUUGUGUUAGCGGUGUUGGUGACGAAGGUAAUGGUGGUAACAAUGAUAAUGGUGGUGGUGAUAGUAAUGUCGAUGAUGAUAGUAAUAACAAUGUUGGUGGUCAUGGUAGUGACAAUUAG